AUGGGCGCGCGCCACCCAGAUCUCGGGCCGCCGUACAAUCUCAGAGCAGAGACCAUUGUGACGGAUCUGACGACCGAGCUUCCGCCAUGGAUUCACUCGUGCUACGGUCCCGGCAGAGACGCGCCCGAGCAGCUUUUCGGAGGCUAUCCGCUCGAACAGAGCUUUGAAGAGAUCAGGUUGCACUAUACACAGGCAGCGAUGUCGGGAAACCCCCAGACUGCCUUGAACGAGAUUGAAAGCUACAAACAGGCCAAGCAUGCGCUGCUGCUGUUGCCGUUGCCCUAG